AUGGGACGGCUGGACCGGCACAGCUCUGAGGAGCUGCCCGUCGUCGCGCCUGGCCACGCACGGUUGCAUCCAGAGCAUCUGCGCCUCUCCAUGCCGACGUGCGGCGCCGUGUUCCUCGGCUGCGCGGCCCUCUUCCUCGCCGGGUUCGCCCUCUUCUUCGCCGGCGAGAACGCGCGCCGCGGGCCCCCGCCGGGGCCCGUAACAAACACGCUGCGCGGGACGCAGCGGUGGCCGAGGACCGUCAAGCGCGUGGCGUUCGGCAGCUGCACCGCGUACGACCUGCGGCCGCAGCCGAUCUGGGACCAGAUCAUGCGCGCCGAGCCUGACGCGUGGGUGUGGGUGGGGGACUUUUCAUACCUUGACAUGCCGUUCGUCAACUGCCUCGUGCUGCCGGACCACCCAGAGUGCAACUGCGAGCCCACGUGGCUGUCGAGGCCGCCGUUCAUGUGCCGGGCAGGGGACCUCGGCCAUGCAAGGCGAAGGAUGCAGGCACAGUUAUACAAUCGCGACUACCAGCGAUUCCUCGAGUUCAUGUGCCCAGGGCACGAGACGAGGAGCACGCACUUCCCGCCCCUCGGCCGCGAGCCCGAGCUCUGCGCGCGCCUCCUCACGGGCACGUGGGACGACCACGACUACGGCGCCAACAACAUGGACCGCCGACUGCCGCACAAAUACGACUUCCAACAGCUCUACCUCGACGCGAUCGGCGAGUCUCCGUGGAGCCCGCGCCGCAGCGGCGUCCGCGGCAUCUACGACGCGAUCCGCCUCAAUGCGGAGAGCGCAGACGCGCCAACGGUCGACGUCGUGCUGCUGGACGAGAGGUUCUCGCGCGACCCGCUGCCGUGCUCCGCGCGGUGCGAGUGGUGCGCGGAGUUCGUGCUCGCGGAGAACCCGCCAGGCGGGGGCGUGCCGAGCAUGGUGGAGUGGUGCCGGGACCUGUGCGUCAACGGCGGCGAACUCGGCCGCGGGGCGUGCUGUGCUCUCGACGAUCAGAUGCACGCGGGCUGCCCGCGCGCCAGCGUGAGCGACCCGCUGUACCCGCUGGCCUGCGACCCGGCCGCGCCCGCGUUCGGCACAGAGCCUGUGGAGGUGUUUGCAAACGGCACGAUAAGAAUUCGGACGGACGACGAGGAGUUCGACGCACGCGACCAGUUCGGGCUGUGCGAGAUGCUCGGGAGCGAGCAGCGCAGGUGGCUGCGGCGCGUGCUCGACGGCUCCGACGCCGAACUCGUUCUUGUUGCGUCGGGGUCGGUGCUGCUCAGCGACCCUGUGCGGACGAACGGGCGGGAGAACCGGUACCAGGGACAGUGCGGGGGCGACGACUGGGACUGCUACGCGGUGGCGCGCAACCAGCUGCUGCACGAGCUGUCGCGCGCCAAGGGUUGCGUUGCUGUGCUUACUGGAGACUACCACAUGGGGGACCUUAAGAUCCUGCGGCCUGGCCGCGACACGAAGUACGCCGAGUUGCUCGGGACCGCGGACCUGCGGCGCCCGAUCUACCAGGUCAUGUCGAGCGGCAUGACGACGAGCACCGCGGGCGAGCACGACCCCUCGGAGUGUUAUGGUCCGGACGGAGAGCGGGAGGCGUCGUGGAUGUACAAUUCCGCGGGGCUGCGCGUGAGGUCGCGCUCGGUGGGAGUGGAGGGCGAGUGGUACAAGGAAGAACCUUGCGGGAUCAAGUACGGCAUGAAUUUCGGGACGGUAGAGGUGGAGGGGCGGCGCGCGUGCCUCCAGAUACGCGACGGUGACACCGGGGCCGUCUGGGACCAGGUCUGCCUCUCGCUCGACACCUGCGAGCCAGUCCGGCCCCCUGAACCCCCCCCAGCGCCCUGA